CAUUUCUUCUCCACAGGUGGAGAAGCUGAGACACUUAAUAACUUAAGACCUACAGUUUUAUGCUUGCUUGACUUGCAAAACAGUAGCCCACCUCUUCAGGACUUCUAACAGCGUGAAACCUAAUCAAACAGUGUUAGUACAUUUUGGUACUGGAAUAAUGACUACUGUAGAAGUUGUCGAGAAGAAGCAAAAUUAUACUAGUGUGCAUGAAGCAGUGAAAGCUGGUGAUGUAGAACAGCUUGCAUUGAUGAUUAAAAGUGGAGCUGGUGUUAAUGAGGUGGAUGUUGUCCACAAAUUCACACCCUUGCACUGUGCUGCCCACUCCGGAAGUCUGGAGUGCCUUCACUGGUUGCUCUGGCAUGGAGCUGACACGACUCAUGUGACUGUCAGAGGGUGGACAGCGGCUCACCUUGCGGCCAUCCGAGGGCAGGAUGCCUGCAUGCAGGCUUUAUUAAUGAAUGGAGCAAACACAGAAGCUCAGGAUGACCGUGGGUGCACGCCGGCACACUUGGCUGCAGCCCACGGGCAGUCCUACACCUUGCAGACCAUACUGAGAAGUGGAGCGAAUGUAAAUGUUUCAGACAGGAAUGACUGGAAACCUGUUCAUUAUGCUGCUUUUCAUGGUCGUUUGGGGUGCUUGCAGCUUCUUGUUCGAUGGGGAGCAUGUAUCGAUGAUGUGGAUAACAAUGGAAACCUUCCAGCCCACCUGGCAGCAGUGGAAGGACACUUGCAUUGCUUUAAGUUCUUGGUUGGGAAAAUGGCCAGUGUCACACACACGCUGAAAGCCAGGAAUGACCAAGGAGAGACUCCAAGGGACUUGGCUGAACAGUUCUUUAAAGAUAAUAUUCUGCAAUAUAUUGAUGGUAUGGAAAAAGAGGGGGAGCAUCCAGAGGCACAGGAAGUUUUAGCUUUCCCAGCUCAUGACGCUGCUUUCAAAGGGGACUUGUUAGUGCUUAGAAGAUUAGUGAGAAGUGGAGUAAUCAAUAUCAAUGAGCGGGAUGAUAAGGGAUACACUCUCAUGCACAAAGCUGCUGAACAGGGGCAUAUCCAUUGCUUACAGUGGUUGAUUGAAAUGGGAGCUGACUGUGACAUUACAAAUGAUGCUGGAGAGACUCCAAAGGAUGUAGCCAAGAGAUGUGCCCAUCUGGCAGCUGUGGAACUUCUGAUACCAAGAACUGGAGACAGUAACUCUAGUGAUGAAGAACUAGAUGCAAACAACAUAAAGUUUUUUGAAAGACAUGGUGUGGAAGGGAGUACAGAUAGCAAAGAAGAUUUAACCCUGGAUAAAGCAGAGAAAAGGAAUGCACGGAUAAGGGCCUAUCACAAGAUUCAAGAACUUCAGCAACUUCUAGAAAUUGCCUACAGCAACUACAGACAGCUGGGAGGGAUAACUGAAGAGGAGAGGAAGAUGAAAAGAGAAGAAAGGAAAGCUGAGAAGGCUGUGAGGGAGCUGGAGGCCCAGCUGGAGUAUGAGCGAGUCAGGCGGGAGAAGCUGGAGAGCCAGCUGGAUGACUACCGUGCUGAGAUAAGCCACCUUAGGGAGAGCCUGGAGAAAACCUGCAUCCCCCCUGCUGUCCCCAUGGAAGCUGAGACAAUUGCCAAGUCUUGCAAAGACAAAAAGAAAAUAAAGAAGCAGCCAGCCUGCAGCCCAGGAGGAGUGUUUGUGAGGCUACGCUGAGGAACGCUGAGGAACGACCCUCCAAGGAGGGGCAGGAGACUGCAAAGGUAGAAAGGCAAUAUUCCACACAAUGCAAAGUUUGCAUGGCCCAGCUGCACAAAUGAGUUGUGGUUCUCUGCCUUUCACUGAACUAUGGUUUUAGUUCUCUAGUUCUCUGGUGCAGCAGCAGCAGCAAAUGUAGUUU